UAAAAGGGCCCCAAAAAAAAAGAAAAAAGACCCGUCCAUUAACUUGUCAAAAUAAACAAUUAGAAUUGGCUUUGGACGCCAGCUAGUUUUACAAUGCCCUUUGCCAUAUAGUUAAGGUUUUUUAUUUAUUUUUUAUUUUUUUAUUUUUUGUCCUUUUUGCUUAUUAUUUUUAAAUGGUUUUAUUCUUGUGUUUGAAGCUUCCAUUUCCAUACCCGCCUCGGUCAGAGAGGUUCUCUAACUCUCUCACUUAGUCUCGUUUCUCUUUUAUCACUGCAGUCAAACUCUUACUUUCGCUUUACUUUCUCUCAAUUUUCCGUUCACAUCUUCUCUGCUUCAUCUUUUUCCCCCCCUGCUACCUCCGUACUUUUAGAAAAUGUGUUCCACCCAACUCCAAACAUAAACUUAAUUUAUAUAUAAAUAUAUAUAUAUAUAUAUAUAUAUAUAUAUAUUUACAAGUGAUUUUCUUCUUCCUCACCGCUUUUUAAUCUUUUAUUCUUUUUCUCUUGGUUUAUUUAUGUAACAAUUUCUUGCUUUUUUAUUUUAUUUUUCUUAUUUUAAGGAUAUAUAUAUAUAUAUAUAUAUAUAGAGGAUGCUUCCUUUUCAGAAAUUCUACGGGUUUGAGAGCUGGUCAGGUGGACUUGUUCAACAACCAGAUUCAGUGGCCGACUUCAUGGACGGCGGUGAUUCUCUCCUCAGCUCAGCGUCGACCAAAGUGGAGGCCGCAAGAUCAGUGGAAGCAUGUAAGAGCCACAAGGAAGCUGAAAGGAGACGCAGACAGCGAAUCAAUGCCCAUCUCUCUACCCUCCGCGCUCUCCUCCCUAACACUACUAAGACUGAUAAGGCGUCGUUGCUGGCGGAGGUGGUGCAUCACGUGAAGGAGCUGAGGAAACAGGCCGCUGACGUGGCACUUCACGAUAGGUAUCUAAUAUGCGGUAAAGAAACUACUGGAACUGAGCUGGAGCCAAAGCCGUGGCCGUUCCCGGGCGAGUCGGACGAGGCGACUCUGAGUUACUGCGACGCGGGAUUUGUAAAAGCGACUUUGUGUUGCGAGGAUAGGCCGGGUUUGAAUGGAGACUUAAUGCGGGCAAUCCGUUCGGUUCGGGCCACGAUGGUGCGGGCCGAGAUGACGACUGUAGGUGGGCGAGCCAAGAAUGUGGUAGUGUUAGAAUGGGCCAGUGGUAGUGGGCAGGACGAGGUUCGGACCCUGAAACGGGCUUUGAAGGCUGUAGUGGAGAAUCGGGUGUCGGGUUCUGGGCUAGGACAGAUGGUUUCGGGGAAUAAGCGGCCUCGGGUUUAUGAGUCAUUUAGCGAAGGUGAGGAUGAACUAAUUUAACGAUUAUUUAAAUGUUUUUGUUUCUUUUAACUGUCUUUGAUGUAGGGUCAGGUGGUACAUAAGAGAAACAUGAAAGAGAAGUUAGGGGACGGUACGUUAUGUAAAAAUGUACUGAGGUUUUGUAUAUGUGGAUGAAAUGAUAUACUUUCUGGAAAAAAAGGUGCAGAUGUGCUACAAAAUGCCCAAAAGGUUUAAGGCUUUUCAAAUGCCACACUUCUGUGGAUUUUUUUGUUU